AGCGGUUUCGGCCCUGGUGACGGUUAGUGACGACCAACACUUCCUGGUGGGAACGACGGAUGGGAGGGUGCUCCUGUUUGACGCCGGGAGGAAGAUUGCGGACUUGAGUUUGGCGUCCUCGAGUGGCGGUAGACAACGAGAUAGGGCAACUACUGCGACGACUGUCCUAUCGCCAGUCGAGCAUCUUGCCGUGUCGCCGCCGUUUUCGUCGCGGCAUGAAACUGAGACGUUGCCACCAGAUGCGCCACAUCAGCAAAGAGCUAUCCCUGCCACUUCUUCCCGCUGGAUCCUCGCAGUCACGAGAACCCCGAACACUGUAGAGCAGAAGCUGACCCUGCUACGCUGGGACAGCAAUAGGAGAACCGGUUCAAAUGAGGUUCAAAUCCUUGCGGAAGUCACGCUCCUGGCCCCGCCGGCAAUAAAGGGAGACGACGAGGUGGACGAGAAAGUUCCAAUGCCGAAUUCACAAAAUAUUGGAGCGGCAACUACUAUGUCGAGGAAGCAAAGCACUUUGCUGUACUACAAGCAAUUUGGCCUCCUCACUACCAUCGCUGCGACGACGGAUCUCGUCGUCCUGGGCGGCAGGGAGUUUUUUGAUUGUUUCCGGAUAUCCGGCAGCGGGUUUUUGAAACGAGAAGGGGCGAUACUAGGUGGGGAUUUCUUGGGCAAGACGGUGAGUGCGGCUCUGUCGAAAACCCGGGACAGCUGCCUCUGCUCCUGCGUGUUACACUGCAAAUAUUUCGAAGGCAGAACAAGCCACGUUCUCCUCGGGCUGCAAUCCGGUGGGUUUUUGGAAGUUUGGCUGGAAAAUGGACAGGAAGCAGUUGGAACGACGGCGGUGGGGGAAAGUAAAGUGGAAUUUUCAUUCUGGAGUAGCGCCCCGGCAACAGCAGAUGAUCCGGACGUGAACCAAGGCGCGCCCAUAGUUGCGGUGCAGGCUGUGGAAAUGAUGAAGCCAAAAAAUUCUUGCUGUGUUUUAACCUUAGACGCAACUGGCAGCAUCUAUUGUUGGCACCCGCAGCGGGCGGAAGCAUUUUUGCUAGUGUCCGGCCAAGCGUGGAUUCCUUCGGUCUUGACGGAGUUUCGGGAGGAAUUGAGCAGCAAUGUGCAAACUGCAAGAACUUCUGCAUUACAACUGACAAGUGGCUCCGGUAGUAGCAGUUCCAACGCGCCGACUUCAUCAGCGACCCGUCCAGCGUCGCGCGCGGCGAUUUUUCUGCCCAAGAACAGCGCCGAGCCGAUCGUCUCUGCACCAGCAGCCACUACUGCUGCAUCUGCAACAACAGCGCAUCAACCGCAAGGACCGGCUGCUCAUUUUGCGCUGGACCAGUUUCACUUCAGCCUCUGCCCCUUUGAUCCGAAGAAGAUGAAGCAAACGAGGCUGCGACUAGCGAGGGGAUUGCGGAAAUGUCUACGGAAUGGGAAAUUGGCGGACCUGCUGCAGAAAGCAAGUCAAGAAGUGUCGCAGCAGCUGCCAGAGGAAGGUGGCGAUGGUGCUGCCAUGCAGAAUGCAACUGCAGGCACUUCUGCAGACAUCAACAACUCAAAAAAUCAAGCUGAAAGUGCGAUCGGUGCAACUUUCUUAGCACCUAGAGAUCAACAAGACCAAUCUGCAGAACUUUUCCUCGCAGUCCAUUUCACGUGUUCUCACACGAGCGGCGCGAGCGCAAAUUUCUCUGCCUCCGUGGCCGUAAGACAGAAAUUGGAGGGGUUUCUGCUUGCAAGUGAUACAAGUGGAAAGACAACUUCUGCUGCGCGAUCGGGUGAAGCAGCUGCGUCUCACUCCCGAGCGACAGCAGGCUCCUUCGGACGAAGCGGACUAGACGCCAGUCGAGAUUUGCUUCUUCAGACUGGUCAAGAGCAGUCGAUAUCCUCUCUACUCUCACCAAUUGACAACCCUGUCGUGGUGAAGCGGUUUGGGCUGAGGAUCAACAACGGGAUGUUCACGGAAGUAGAACAGCAUCAGUUCGGUCGACAAUCGUCGCCUACUUUCCUCACCCCGUAUCGCUUCGGUGGCUUGCUCUGUAUCGAGCAAAAUGCUGUGGUCAUGCACAGUUUGCUGGAUGUAACAUCGGAAACAUCUUCAUCUCUAGUACAACGCAGAUUCGUCGAAGAGGAACAUGAAAUGCAGCACGGGAGUAUAGCCAAUGCUUCCAGGACGCUCUUCUGGAUCGACAAUGUGAUGAGCCCCAGGGCGGCCCUUGCGGGGACUACAGGAAAUUAUUACACAUCUCCUCCACCUCCAAUCCGCACCCUCGCGGCCGACCCAUACACCGGCCAUAUUGCGAUUGUCACGGGUGACUCGGAGCUGCGAAUCUACAACUCGAUCGGAAAAUGUUUCGUUCAGUGCCCGUUGUUUGAUUUGAGUACCGAAUUUGACGAAGAGGGGGUGAAUUAUAGUGCGAUGUCUCAUUCGCGCAGUUUGUCAUCCGGCGCAGUACAACCGCGCGAGCCCUCUUUCUCUGCCCGUAAGAACAGCAAGACAAGAUCUGCAAGUACUCCUGCACACUCUACCAGCAUGAGAAAUUCCUUUCUCUUUCUAAACAGCAAAGUGGCCAUGCGGUACAACUACUACGUUGAUAGCACACGAAACACGCACACAGCUGCUGCAGCGUCCAGGGAAGAGGACCACUACUCGCGGUCUUUCCUUCUCCUUUCUUGCGGAAGUCAGAUUCUCUGUCUGAAUGCAAGUCGCGGCUACGAGGUCUUUUACAGGUGGUGCGUCGAGGAUUUGGAUCUCGUACAGCCGGUAGCGACGAAUAUCCCCUCGAGUCGACGGAGAAGCAGUGCUACUACCGCCUCUAGUACUACUGAUCUAAAUCUUCAUGCUGAUCGCGCCGAAAACAUGACGAAUACGAGUAGCCAACAUAGAAAUUACAGUGCUGAAUUUGCGGGCCCAGGAGGAGGCGCCACCGAAGGAGACCAAGAAGGACAAGAACUACUUCCAGACCGGGAAUACUACUACAUCCACAACUUCGACCUUUCGCACGAUUUUCAAAAAAUUCGUGUGGAAGCGACGGAGCUGAAUCCGGUCCUAGCAGCGUACAGUAGCAGCGGUGACGCUUCGUUGCUCAAACAAGACCACAGCAACAGGCAGGAAUUUCUUCUAGCGGUGAAGGAAUUGGACUGUUUGAACGAAGACGAAAGGGAAUUCGAUAAAAAUUUCUUAUGCGGUACAAGAAGUGCAAACCCAAACUCCCCUCCUCCUUCCCGUCCUGGCUCCGCAGCGUCCAGCCAAGGUUCGAAGCCAGCCCCUGCUGCUAGCGUUUUGAAGUCUACAAAGCCGAAAAUUCAGCUGUAUCAAACUAUGGAAUUAGAAGAGCAAGACGACGCGGAGACGUUGACAACCUCUGGCAAUACUAUGGGCAGACGACGAGAAAGAGAAACCGAUAGCAAAAAUAAUUCCAAUUGCUCUUGGCUCCUCGACACCUGGUCGAGUUUAACCUGCACGAGCGUAAUUCCAAGAAAUGUCCUACCUCGUCGCACGCGCUCGUUCCGGUCGCGGGCCAGACUGAGCUGGAAGCUGUUACAGCACGACGGCAGCACUCUUCUGAUCGCGGAGAACCGAGUGCCUAUAGCACCGGCGAAUAGUACAACAUCUUCUAUCCUCAUCCAGAGACUCUGUUGGAACUUUACAGCAAAUCGGGAGGAGAUCCUGGCCAGCCAGGUUGUGCAAGUUGGCGGAGAUGCUAGUGGGGGGAUUCGAGACUUGGUGUUUCUCGACGCCAGCAACUACCGAGGCCUCUGGUUUGAGCACAGUUACUUUCAACAUCCCGAUAGGGAAUUGCACGGCGCAGCUGCAGAGCGGAAUGUUUAUGGCGAAGGUGCGACAAUGAGUAGUAGUGUUUUAGUGCGCUGCGGCACGGGCCAAGUUACGCUUUGGAAUGUAACGUGCUCAGUCUAGUUAAACGUACUUGCGUUGACUUUUGCUUGGUUCAUGCAUCUGCAUAGUAACUUUUGGAAAAUGAACUGAAUUCAAGACGCUGACGCAAGAGCGCAACAGAAUCAAUUACAGAAAUGUACGGCUGAAAAUGCUUAUGAUGAGAGGAACAGAGUUGUUGAAAUAGAAAAUGCACCGGAACAGCGAAAUGUGGAUUUGAAAAAAAUCAGUCGAGAAAUAAUCCGAGCUGAAAACAAGAAACCUCGAGUGAUAGAGAAGAUGUUCCGGACUCGCUUAGAAAAAAAGCAAAUAACUGUCGAGAAAAGAAUAAAAAAGCGAUCGAGCGAG